AUGGAAGGCUGGGAAGUUUUAGUCGUUUUUACAGCUAGUUUUAAAUUCACAGCUUCCAACCUUGCUCACAAUGGCCGUGUGUGCAGCACAUGGGGCAACUUCCACUUCAAGACUUUUGAUGGGGACAUCUUCCGCUUCCCUGGCCUCUGUAAUUAUGUUUUUGCAUCCCAUUGCAAUGCUGCCUAUGAGGACUUCAACAUCCAGAUUAGGCGCACAGUGGUGGGAAAUGCUCCAACGAUUAGUCAUAUCACCAUGAAAAUUGAAGGUGUAGCUGCUGAACUAACAAAAAAUGCUGUUACAAUCAACAGUGACAGGGUUCAACUGCCAUACAGCAAAUCUGGAAUUACGAUAGAGAGAAGCAACAUUUACAUGAAAGUAAUCAGCAAAAUAGGCAUUGUGUUGAUGUGGAAUGAAGAUGACAGUAUCCUGCUGGAAUUGAAUGAGAAAUAUGCCAAUCAGACCUGUGGGCUUUGUGGAGACUUCAAUGGCAUUCCAAUUUACAAUGAGUUUUAUUCAAACAAUAUUAAGAUAACAGCCUUACAGUUUGGGAAUAUGCAGAAAAUGGAUGGGCCAACAGAAAACUGCGAAGACCCUACUUCUUCCCUCCCAGAUAAUUGCACUGAUAAUCUUGAUAACAUAUGCCAGAAAACAUUGACCAGCUCUGCAUUUGCAGAAUGUAAUGAUCUAGUUGGUGUUAGCAAGUACAUUAUGGCUUGCCAAGAAGACUUGUGCCGCUCUGAGGAGUCUAAGAAUGCCUCGUGUAUCUGUGAUACCUUUGCUGAAUACUCUCGGCAGUGCACUCAUGCUGGUGGGGAGCCUUUGAACUGGAGAACCUCAAAACUAUGCCCCAAGACAUGUCCUCACAACAUGCAGUACCAGGAGUGUGGCUCCCCCUGCACUGACACAUGCACCAAUCUUGAACGAUCUCAGUUUUGUGAAGAGCACUGUAUGGAUGGUUGUUUCUGCCCGACAGGCAAGUCCUUAUGAACUGUGUUUGAUGACAUCAACAACUCUGGCUGCAUCCCCCUUGAACAAUGCCCCUGUAUUUAUAAUGGCAACACCUACGCUCCAGGAACUUCUUUUUCAGCCAAGUGCCAUUCCUGUACCUGUAAUGGAGGUCAAUGGAGUUGCCAAGACCUGCCAUGCCCCGGAGUAUGUUCAGUAGAGGGAGGCUCACACAUUUCCUCAUACGACAAAAAACAUUUCAAUGUCCAUGGAGACUGCACUUAUGUCCUCUCUAAGCACUGUGAAGAUGACACAUUCACCGUCCUGGGAGAACUACGCAAGUGUGGCCUGACAGACACCGAGACGUGCUUGAAGACAGUGGCCCUCAGCAUGAAUAAAGGACAAACUCUCAUCGUGGCCAAACCUGAUGGUGGCGUGUUUGUGAACUCGAUCUACACUCAGCUGCCCUUCUCAGCAGCUAAUGUCACCCUCUUCAGAGCCUCAUCAUUCUUCAUCAUCCUACAGACAAAUUUUGGCCUCCAGCUUGAAAUCCAAAUCACACCCAUCAUGCAAGUAUUUGUGCGGCUUGAUCCUAUUUUCAAAGACCAGACCUGUGGUCUCUGUGGAAAUUUCAAUGAUGUCCAAGCUGAUGACUUCAAGGCCGUGAGUGGAGUAGUUGAAGGAACGGCAGCAGCAUUUGCUAAUACAUGGAAAACUCAGGCUUCAUGCCCUAAUAUCCAAAACAGUUUUGAGAACCCUUGUGCACUCAGCAUUGAAAAUGAAAAGUAUGCUCAGCAUUGGUGUGGACUCCUAACCAAAAGCAAAGGACCUUUUGCUGAUUGCCACUAUGCAGUGAAUCCCUCGAUUUACCACACGAACUGCAUGUUUGACACAUGUAACUGUGAAAAGAGUGAAGACUGCCUGUGUGCAGCUUUGUCUUCCUAUGUGAGAGCAUGUGCUGCAAAAGGAAUCCAGCUGAGCGGAUGGAGAACUGAUGUCUGUUCAAAAUAUACCACCUUGUGUCCCAAAUCCCUAAAUUACAGCUAUACCAUCCAUUCCUGCCAACCCACUUGCCGGUCUCUGAGUGAGCCUGAUGUCACAUGCAACAUCAAGUUUGUCCCAGUUGAUGGUUGCACCUGUGUAAAUGGAACCUACAUGGAUGAUAGCGGCAAAUGUGUGCCUGCUAAUACAUGCCCCUGUUAUUACAGAGGAUCUCCCAUACCAUUUGGGGAAACUGUCCAUGAAAAUGGGCUUGCAUGCACUUGCUUCCAGGGCAGACUGAAUUGCAUUGGAGCACCAAAUCCAAAUCCAGUUUGUGAAUAUCCCAUGGUCUACUUUGACUGUAGAAACAUCACUGCAGGAACCACUGGAGCAGAGUGUCAAAAAAGUUGCCAUACUUUGGAUAUGCAGUGUUAUAGCACACAAUGUGUAUCUGGCUGCGUGUGCCCAGCUGGGCUUGUGUUAGAUGGGAAGGGUGGUUGUAUUCAUGAAGAGGAAUGUCCAUGUAUUCACAAUGAGGCCACGUAUCAGCCUGGGGAAAAGAUCGAAGUCGACUGCAACACCUGUGUAUGCAAGGAUAGAAUGUGGGAAUGCACUAAUAAUCCAUGCAUGGGUACUUGUGCUGUUUAUGGAGAUGGACAUUACAUCACCUUUGAUGACAAAAGAUUCACCUUCAAUGGAAACUGUGAAUACACACUUGUCCAGAACCACUGUGGGAAGAACAGCACAGUGAAUGGGACCUUCAGGGUUAUCACUGAAAAUAUUCCCUGUGGCAGCACUGGGACAACCUGCUCAAAAUCUAUCAAAGUUUUCCUAGAGAGCUAUGAACUGAUACUUGGUGAGGAGCAUGUCAGCGUGGUGAAAAGAGGACAAAAAGGUCAGGUGCCAUUCACAGUCCGCUACAUGGGUAUGUACUUGGUAAUUGAGACCACCAGUGGACUGAUCCUCAUGUGGGACAAGAAAACCAGCAUCUUGAUAAAGCUCGGUGCUGAUUUUCAGGGCCAGAUCUGUGGCCUCUGUGGAAAUUAUGAUGGCAAUGGCAUCAAUGACUUUACUACAAGGAGCCAGUCUGUGGUAGAGAAUGUCCUAGAGUUUGCAAACAGCUGGAAAGUAUCCUCUACAUGUCCUGAUGCUGACUGCAUAAAGGACCCAUGUUCUACCAACCCUUAUCGAAAGUCCUGGUCAGAGAAGCAGUGUAGCAUCAUCAACAGCAAUGUCUUUGCUGCCUGUCACUCUCAGGUUGAACCAGGAAAAUAUUACCAAGCAUGUGUGACAGAUGCUUGUGCUUGUGACACUGGGGGAGACUGUGAUUGCUUCUGCACAGCAGUAGCUGCCUAUGCUCAAGCUUGUAGUGAAGUUGGUGUCUGCAUAGCCUGGAGAACCCCAUCAAUCUGUCCACUGUUCUGUGAUUACUACAAUCAACAAGGGGAAUGUGAAUGGCACUAUAAGCCUUGUGGAGCUUCCUGUAUGAAGACCUGUAGGAACCCAAGUGGAAAAUGCCUUCACAACUUGCCAGGUUUAGAAGGCUGCUACCCCAACUGCCCACCAGACAAGCCAUAUUUUCAUGAAGAUCAGAUGAAGUGCGUGAGUCUCUGUGACUGUUAUGAUAAUGAAGAUGGGAAGAUAUAUAGACGGGAUGAAUGUUAUUUAUGUGAAUGCACAUCGGAAGGUAUACACUGCAAGUUUGAUGAUAAAGAGACCUCCACUUUAGCAACUGAGACUCCAGCACCAACCACUACAACCUCUACAAUCUAUGAGACACCAUGGACAACCACUGCGGGCACAACAGUUGUCCCCAAGACCUCUGCCCCUCCCACAGAAGGCACAACCACCAUCAAGCCCACAACAGCAGCACCCACCUCACCUGCCAGCACCGCUGUCACCUCCAAGACCUCUCCCCCUCCCACAGAAGGCACAACCACCAUCAAGCCCACAACAGCAGCACCCACCUCACCCGCCAGCACUGCUGUCACCUCCAAGACCUCUCCCCCUCCCACAGAAGGCACAACCACCAUCACGCCCAGCCCAACAGCAUCCACCUCACCCGCCAGCACCGCUGUCACCUCCCAGACCUCUCUGCCUCCCACAGAACGCACAACCGCAGUCAAGCCCACAACAACAGUGCCUCCCACACCCACCAGAACUGCUGCUGUUACCUCCCAGACCUCUCCCCCUCCAACAGAAGGAACCACCACCAUCACACCAACACCAACAGUGUCCACCUCACCCACAAGCACUGCCAUCACCUCUUCCCCCAGCUGCCAGCCACGCUGUGCCUGGACACAGUGGUUUGACGUGGACUUCCCGAGCUCUGGCAGCCAGGGAGGAGACAUGGAGACCUUUGAGAACAUCCGAGCUGCCGGCUUCCAAAUAUGCGCAAAGCCUCAAGCCAUCCAGUGUCAGGCUGAAAACUACCCUGACAUCAGCCUGGAGGACCUGGGCCAGAAACUUCAGUGCAGCCUCGACGUUGGGCUGGUGUGCAGAAACGAGGAUCAGAUCAGCAAGUACCCCAUGUGCUUCAACUACCAGCUCAGGCUGUACUGCUGUGACCGGCAACACUGCGAGACAACCGUAGAACCCCCAAGCACCACCACAAGGCUCCCGACCACGCCUUCUCCCGCAGAAACCUCCACUUCAGCAACUGAGACUCCAGCACCAACCACUACAACCUCUACAAUCUAUGAGACACCAUGGACAACCACUGCGGGCACAACAGUUGUCCCCAAGACCUCUGCCCCUCCCACAGAAGGCACAACCACCAUCAAGCCCACAACAGCAGCACCCACCUCACCCGCCAGCACCGCUGUCACCUCCAGGACCUCUCCCCCUCCCACAGAAGGCACAACCACCAUCAAGCCCACAACAGCACCACCCACCUCACCCGCCAGCACCGCUGUCACCUCCAAGACCUCUCCCCCUCCCACAGAAGAACGCACAACCGCAGUCAAGCCCACAACAACAGUGCCUCCCACACCCACCAGAACUGCUGCUGUUACCUCCCAGACCUCUCCCCCUCCAACAGAAGGAACCACCACCAUCACACCAACACCAACAGUGUCCACCUCACCCACAAGCACUGCCAUCACCUCUUCCCCCAGCUGCCAGCCACGCUGUGCCUGGACACAGUGGUUUGACGUGGACUUCCCGAGCUCUGGCAGCCAGGGAGGAGACAUGGAGACCUUUGAGAACAUCCGAGCUGCCGGCUUCCAAAUAUGCGCAAAGCCUCAAGCCAUCCAGUGUCAGGCUGAAAACUACCCUGACAUCAGCCUGGAGGACCUGGGCCAGAAACUUCAGUGCAGCCUCGACGUUGGGCUGGUGUGCAGAAACGAGGAUCAGAUCAGCAAGUACCCCAUGUGCUUCAACUACCAGCUCAGGCUGUACUGCUGUGACCGGCAACACUGCGAGACAACCGUAGCACCCCCAAGCACCACCACAAGGCUCCCGACCACGCCCUCUCCCGCAGAAACCUCCACUUCAGCAACUGAGACUCCAGCACCAACCACUACAACCUCUACAAUCUAUGAGACACCAUGGACAACCACUGCGGGCACAACAGUUGUCCCCAAGACCUCUGCCCCUCCCACAGAAGAAGGCACAACCACCAUCAAGCCCACAACAGCAGCACCCAGCUCACCCGCCAGCACUGCUGUCACCUCCAGGACCUCUCCCCCUCCCACAGAAGGCACAACCACCAUCAAGCCCACAACAGCAGCACCCACCUCACCUGCCAGCACCGCUGUCACCUCCCAGACCUCUCUGCCUCCCACAGAACGCACAACCGCAGUCAAGCCCACAACAACAGUGCCUCCCACACCCACCAUAACUGCUGCUGUUACCUCCCAGACCUCUCCCCCUCCAACAGAAGGAACCACCACCAUCACACCAACACCAACAGUGUCCACCUCACCCACAAGCACUGCCAUCACCUCUUCCCCCAGCUGCCAGCCACGCUGUGCCUGGACACAGUGGUUUGACGUGGACUUCCCGAGCUCUGGCAGCCAGGGAGGAGACAUGGAGACCUUUGAGAACAUCCGAGCUGCCGGCUUCCAAAUAUGCGCAAAGCCUCAAGCCAUCCAGUGUCAGGCUGAAAACUACCCUGACAUCAGCCUGGAGGACCUGGGCCAGAAACUUCAGUGCAGCCUCGACGUUGGGCUGGUGUGCAGAAACGAGGAUCAGAUCAGCAAGUACCCCAUGUGCUUCAACUACCAGCUCAGGCUGUACUGCUGUGACCGGCAACACUGCGAGACAACCGUAGCACCCCCAAGCACCACCACAAGGCUCCCGACCACGCCUUCUCCCGCAGAAACCUCCACUUCAGCAACUGAGACUCCAGCACCAACCACUACAACCUCUACAAUCUAUGAGACACCAUGGACAACCACUGCGGGCACAACAGUUGUCCCCAAGACCUCUGCCCCUCCCACAGAAGAACGCACAACCGCAGUCAAGCCCACAACAACAGUGCCUCCCACACCCACCAGAACUGCUGCUGUUACCUCCCAGACCUCUCCCCCUCCAACAGAAGGAACCACCACCAUCACACCAACACCAACAGUGUCCACCUCACCCACAAGCACUGCCAUCACCUCUUCCCCCAGCUGCCAGCCACGCUGUGCCUGGACACAGUGGUUUGACGUGGACUUCCCGAGCUCUGGCAGCCAGGGAGGAGACAUGGAGACCUUUGAGAACAUCCGAGCUGCCGGCUUCCAAAUAUGCGCAAAGCCUCAAGCCAUCCAGUGUCAGGCUGAAAACUACCCUGACAUCAGCCUGGAGGACCUGGGCCAGAAACUUCAGUGCAGCCUCGACGUUGGGCUGGUGUGCAGAAACGAGGAUCAGAUCAGCAAGUACCCCAUGUGCUUCAACUACCAGCUCAGGCUAACGCACAACCGCAGUCAAGCCCACAACAAUAGUGCCUCCCACACCCACCAGAACUGCUGCUGUUACCUCCCAGACCUCUCCCCCUCCAACAGAAGGAACCACCACCAUCACACCAACACCAACAGUGUCCACCUCACCCACAAGCACUGCCAUCACCUCUUCCCCCAGCUGCCAGCCACGCUGUGCCUGGACACAGUGGUUUGA